CUGGGGAUAACUGGUUCUGGUUCUGUACUGGGGAUAACUGGUUCUGUACUGGGGAUAACUAGUUUUGUACUGGGGAUAACUGGUUCAGGUUCUAGGAGAACAGCCCACCAACCCACCAGGCAACGGCCACCCCAUCAUGAGUUGAGUGCAGGAAUGUUUUAAAAUCCCUGUCUGAAAAUACUUUUACAUAGAUUCCUGUUUGUAUCAGCUACUAAUAAUAUUAUCUGAAAAAUACUUUAUUUUAUUUUACUUUAUUUUAUUUUAUUUUAUUGCCACUUUAGGCCGCUAGGUGGCGGUAAUGGUGUAAUUCAUUGUUUACAAACCGCUGUUAAAACACAUUGAGAAGAAGAAUUUGCAUCUAAACUGAGCUGCGUGCGAACAUCUUAUCAGGAAGCUUCACCAGACCGAUAUUCCGUAAACGCAGCAGGACCGAGCCAAGAAGAUCCGAGGAAACGCUGUAGAUGGCGGGCUUCCUGGACAACUUCCGCUGGCCAGAGUGCGAAUGCAUUGACUGGGGGGAGAGGAGGAACGCUGUGGCCUCUGUGGUGGCGGGAGUUCUGUUCUUCACAGGGUGGUGGAUCAUGAUAGAUGCCGCGGUGACGUAUCCAUCCCAGGAGCAGAUGAACCACGCCUUCCACACAUGUGGCGUCUUUUCCACCAUAGCAUUCUUCAUGAUUAAUGCUGUUUCUAAUGGCCAGGUGAGAGGAGACACCUAUGGAGAAGGCUGCCUGGGCAGGACAGGAGCACGUCUGUGGCUCUUCAUCGGCUUCAUGAUGAUGUUCGGCUCGCUCAUCGCCUCCAUCUGGAUCCUGUUUGGUGGAUAUGUGGUGCCGAAAAAAGAAGUGGCUCCAGGUCUGGCUGUGUUCUUUCAGAACGCCUUCAUCUUUUUUAGCACUCUGAUCUAUAAGUUUGGCCGUACGGAGGAUUUAUGGGGUUAGAGGAAGCAGCCUUUCAUGUGAUCCGACAUUUUACAACGAAGCAGCUGUGGAAGCUCCAAUUCACGCAUUACUGUUUUAAUACAGGCCCAUCAGUGCUGCUACACACACACACACACACACACACGUUUUGCAGCUAUCCUUAUUUUCUAACUUUAUUUCAGCCUUUAGCUCAUAGUAAAUGGAAAUGGACUAGGGUUUUGUCCUUAUAAGACCUAGGGUCCCUUCCAGGCCAAUGAUGAUACUUUCUUGGGACCUUUUCUGGUAAUAAAAACCAGAUCACACACACACACAGCGUUGUGGAUAUAAACCCAUUUGAACAACAGUUGCAAAGUUUUCUAAAAUGUAACUUUUCUGAUUAAAUAUAGGUUAUAGUCAAAAAGUGAGAAUAUUACACAAAACUUAAUUUAGUUCAGUAAUUCAACUUAAAAUGGAAACUGGUAUAUUAUAUAGACUCAUUACAUGCAAAGUGAGAUAUUUCCAGCAUUUGUUAUAAUCUUGAUGAUCACGUCUUACAGCUGAUGAACAUCCAAAAAUCUAAAUCUCAGACAAUUAGAAUAUUACAUAAAAUCACUAAAGAUGGACAUUGAAUCCAGAAAUGUGACCAUGUGAGAGUCUAGUCCUGCAUAUGAACCCAGGUCUCUGUCUAGUCCUGCAUAUGAACCCAGGCCUCGGUCUAGUCCUGCAUAUGAACCCAGGUCUCUGUCUAGUCCUGCAUAUGAACCCAGGCCUCGGUCUAGUCCUUCUGCAUGGACUCCUGCCUCCAUGCGGUGUGGAUGUUACCAGCCUGUGGUCCUGCUGGCUGGAAUGAAGACCAGGAUGCUUCAGUCCUUCAGCUCUUCUGCAUCGCUCCGUCUCAUGAGUCUCAUCUUCCUCUUGGCAAAGCUCCAUAGGUUUUCUACGGGGUUCAGGUCUGGAGAGUCUGUGGCCAGUCCAGCCCAAUAAUCCUUGGUCCUUGAACCAGGUUCUGGUUCUUGUGGCAGUGUGGGCAGGUGCCAAGUCCUGCUGGAAAAUAAAGUCCACAUCUCCACAAAGGAAGCAUGAAGAGUUCUAAGACCUCCUGGUAGACGCUGCGUGGACUCUGGACCUAAUAAAGCCCGGUGGACCAGCACCAGAGGACACGGCUCCCACAUCACCACCCACUGUGGAACUUCACUCUGCACUUUAAGGGUUUUGGAUUGUUGCCUCUCCAGUCUUCUUCCAGACUCUGGGACCUGGAUUUCCACGAAAUGCAGGAUUUGCUUAUCAGAAAAGAGAACUUUGGACCACUGCUCAGCAGACCAGGUCCUGGUUUCUUUAGUCCAGGUGAGACGCUGCUGACGUUGUGUUCAGGAGCAGCUGGACUAGAGGACGACGACAUGAAGUCCAGGUCCAGGAUCUGUCUGUGUGGUGGCUCUGGAAGCUCUAACUCCAGCCUCAGUCCAGUCCUGGUGAAGCUUUUCCUGACCGUCCUCUCCAGCUGCUUCAUCCUGCUGCUUGUUCCAGCUUCUCCUUCCUCUCAGCUUCUUCUUGAUGAGCUUUGAUGCAGCACUUUGAUCAUCCAGCUUCUUCUGCAGCCGCCUGCUGAGGCUUUUCCUCCUGGUGGAGGGAGGUGAUGGUUUCUGCCCAGCUGUCAGGUCAGCAACCUUCCCCAUGAUGCUGGACUCUACUGGAACAGACUGAGACCAUCUAGAUGCUCAGGAGGCCUCUGCAGGUGUUGGGAUGGAUCAGCUGAUCAGAGCGGCUCUUAGAGGCUGCAACACUGAACCUUUUCACACUUUUCUAAUUUUCUAAGAUUUGGAUUUUUGGGUUUUUAUAAGUUGUAUAAUCAUCAGUAUAAUAACCAAUAAAUGCUUGAACUUUACAUGUGAGUCUAUAUAAUAUAUUAGUUCCCCUUUCUAAGUUGAAUUACUGAAAAAAUAUUUAGUUUCGUGCCAUAUUCCAAUCUUUGGAGUUUCCCCUGUAUGUGAAAUGUGAUGCAACGACACAAAAAAACAGAAGAGUUUUUAAAAUAUCCAGAAACAUGUUUCUAGAAGAUUCUCCAACCACCAGUUUAACCCUUAAAACUCCAGCUAUUUUCUGUCCAUCUGUUUUUAACAUAAACCAGUCUGUAGCAGCUUUUAAUCCCAGUAUAAACCAGUCUGUAGCAGCUUUUAAUCCCAGUAUAAAC